AAAAAAAGAGAGUGCAAAAGGCCACCUGACUUACAAAAAGCAAUUCAGAGCACUUAAAAUUUAUCAUUUCUCAUCGUCAUCCAUCAAUUUAUCCAACCUUUUCUUGAAACCAUGAAAUGCAGCCUUUUUAUUUUGCAACCUACACGUUUCCUAUAUUCAUAUGUCGAAAUGCACAACAAUGAUUUUCUCCAACUUCACGAGCAGCAGAGGUGAGUUGUGAUGGAAAACAUGCAUGGGAAGUGUCAACACACAUACAUAAGUAUGAUAAUAUGGAUAUCCGGCUGUGACUAGACAAUUCGGUGUUGAUUGGUAAAAUUAAACGAACAGUAGAUGUUACGCAAAGCUGUCGUCCUCCUCUUCCAUGUAUACCAUCCCGCGUCACUUUAAACACAAUCCUCAGUAAUGUUUCUUGUUCUUAUGUUACUCGUAAACCAUAAUUUCCGGUCAAUUACCACAUCAAUUACUUUGCCAUAGCACCAUUUGACCUCUGAUGUCUGACACGUUUCCAUCUCACUGACUUCAGCAUGAACGCAAUGACAAUGGUAGUGACAUAAGUAAUUGACAAAACCUAAAUUUUACAUUUAUAUUAAAAUACUAUACGUAAUGCAAGUGUAUUAUUUUGCGUUAACAAUUUCAUGUGAGUUAUGGACACCUUUAUAUCACAUCUUGAGGUUAUUUUCUUUUCUUGUAUCACAUGCCUUGUCUCUGAUGGUUACAAAUUAUAUGAGACAAUAGUUUCAGCCUUUUUUAUUAAUCAUUGGUUGCAGGAUGCAAAAUCUGGCAAGGUAAUCAGUAGCUACGAGAAGAUAUUCAUAUCCUUUUUGUGACGUGGGCAACUCAAGAGUGUCUCUGAACUCUUUCGCAAGGUUUUUGAGAAAUUGUCUAGGUUAACAUUGGUGCUGGUCCGUGUGUGUUUCCUUUCGUUUCGGUACAUGUCAUGCAGUUACCUGUGUGUAAGUAGAUAGUUCCCCAUGCAAGGCCAAAAUACUUGAGUUGUACUUGUUUGUAAGUUUUGUCCUUUCCUGGAUAUGAGAUGUGCGAACUGUCGUGGAGUAUCUUUAAUACUUCAGGAACAAGCGUACGAGGGACUACCUUUCCCCUUGAUAUUCCUGUGCCUGUUACUUCGGUGCUCCUGUACAUUACAGAUUUUUUAGUUAUCUAUAUUGUCCUUUGUUGGUAACGUGAAUGGCUGGUGUUCUGUGGUACUGGCUAGCUGUUCUAAUACAUUCUUCCAUAUUCCGUCCUUUUCUAGUUCUGAUUUUACACGUUCAGUAGUUAAAGUGGCUAGUUCUUGAUUACUACAUACUAAAUUUUGCAACUCUGGGAUGAGUGUACAUUCCUAGGCAGUGGAUCUGCGGCUGUGUUUUUCUUUCCUGGUGUGUAUUUAAAACUGACGUCAUAAUUUUAUAAAGUUACGAACCAUAUGGCUAAUUUAUCUCUCAAAUUCUUAUGCAUGAAAAGGUUCUGUAUUUCUGACUGAUCUGUCCAUAUUCUUAUAUUGUUAUUUUGGUGACGCUCACAUCCGGUUGCAAGAGUUUGGUGAGCGGAUAGUGAAUAUUGUCUAUUGUCUCUUAGAGCCAGUCGGCUCCCAGUCACUUGGCUCACCACACGUCAGGCUCGGUCUCGGAGUGUCUGCAGCACCCCCCUUCCGUACAACCGGACUCCUGUCGGUUUCCAAGCCCCACCACCCCCAGGCCAGAUGGCAUACGUAGCCUCCGCACCCACCAUCUUCGCCGCCCAGCCCACGGUCGCCGCCCAGCCCGUUUUCGCCGCCCAGCCCCAGGCCGUUUCAUCAGGCAACUGUUCAGUUUGCAGGGUCGGCUUCAUUCGGAAUGAAUUCACCUGGUGUGGGAUAUUCCUGGCAAUCUUCCUCUUCCCGUUCGGCUUUCUCUGCUGCUUGAUGAUGAAGGAGAAGAAGUGCACCAAUUGCCGCGCCUCCUUCGGGAAUGCGUAGGCUGCUCCUGGCAGUAAUGGACUCUGAGGAGACCCGCUCAAGGCAGGCCCCACCCACCCAAACUCCUCCUGCGAGGAGAGACGACAACCUUGAGAACACAUGCAGAAAACAAAGAAAAUACAAAGAUGAGACAAAAAACUCCAUACAAUAACGAAUGAGUAGAAUGUUUAUUUUGACCUGAAUACGUAUUCUGAAAUCUUGACAAAUUUUUGCAAAAGAUUCAGGUUUAGUGGUUCAAUGCCCAGCCGAGCAUUGAACCUGAGACAGGACAAGAAGGUAGAAGCCUCUACCAAUAGUCAUGAGUCAAGCAGAGUUUGGUCGACCUUGACUCUGGUCAUACGAACAUAAGAAAAUAAAGAGGCUGCAAAGGUCAAAGUGAUCUGUGUGUGUGUAUAUACAUAAAUAUAUAUAUAUAUAUAUAUAUAUAUAUAUAUAUAUAUAUAUAUAUAUAUAUAUAUAUAUAUAUAUAUAUAUAUAUAUAUAUAUAUAUAUAUAUAAAUCAGUAAAAAUAUUUCUUUAGUUACUUUAUCGGAGACUGUAUUGCAUGGCUUGCUCCGUUAUGCCAGAAGAUGACCCAAAUCAUCGAGUUCUCGGGAUGUGAUAGGCCACUGUCUUGUGUGCUGUGGUGAUGAGUAGGACCUGCUUUUCUAAUUAUGAUCUCACGAUAUUUUUUUCUGCUUCGCUUCUUCUCUGUUAACUUUUCCUUGAGGACUUUGUGACACUUCAUGCUGCGUAGCUGGUGAAUGGACUGAUUAACACACCUACAUCAUUCAUGUUUCUCAAGGCUACAAUGUUCUCUACGCCUCACAAAUUAAAGCUUACCUCAACGAAUUAAUGUUCAGAAUAUAGUUAACUUCAGUUUCCUUCCGUAAUGAUGCGCCAAGGAUUCUUUCAGACACCACAGGGACCCCACUUGAGCGCAUCUCUUGUUUCCAAUAGUGAUUAGCUCGGCUGUGUGUUUAGCGGUAGUUUCUAAUAACUGUCUUUAAUUUACCAUUUCACUGCUAUUUAAUUUUUCCCCUCAGGCUUAACGAAAUGGUUUAGAAUAAGUUUGAAGUUCAGCAUCGAAAGGGAAAAACAGCGACGGUGUAUUUCAAACAUUUUUGUGCCUGUAAUUUUUUUUUUUUUUUCCCAUUUAGGAUAGGAUGACUGAGCAAGUGUGACUGCGUCAUCCGUAUUGAAAGUAUAUUAGCACUGUGAAUACGGGAUGGGUCUAUGACACACAUUACAUUCCCAUACAUACGAGUAUAUACUCAGAUCUUACAAUAGACCAUCUCAUUAUUAACCACUUCGCAGUGUUCACCAAUACUUUAAAAGGCUCACCUUGAUAAUCAUCACUGGAGACACACUUGCUUCACAGUCUCCAGCCGCUUUUUUCUUUGCAGAAUGAAAUAUUUAUCGCAAAUCAAAUACUCUGAUAUUAUAAGAAUGCUUUUGUUCUAAGAUAUACAUAGUGUGCUUAUGUAUAAUCAGUUCUAUUAACUUUUAUUCAUUAAAAGCAUUGUUAUCAUACUCUGAUAUUAUAAGAAUGCUUUUGUUCUAAGAUAUACAUAGUGUGCUUAUGUAUAAUCAGUUCUAUUAACUUUUAUUCAUUAAAAGCAUUGUUAUCCAGCUGUUGUUUGUUAGUCAGGACACACACACGAGUUUUCACACACACACACACACACACACUCUCUCUCUCUCUCUCUCUCUCUCUCUCUUUGUCCUUUGCUUCUAAUCUAAACUGGAAACUUCACAUCUCAUCUCUAGUUAAAACCUCUUUUAUGAAGUUAGACGUUCUGAGUCGUUUACGCCAGUUUUUCUCACCUUCCUCAUCUUCCAGCUGCUAACUCUGUACAGGGGCUUUAGCCGUCCAUGUAUGGAGUAUGCUUCACAUGUAUGGGGGGUUCCAUUCAUACCGCUCCUUUAGAUAGGGUGGAAUUAAAAGCUUUUCGUCUUAUCAACUCCUCUCCCUAAUGUAAGAGUUAACCAGUAUUCUCAGUCAUUCAUCCCUUUCUCUGGUAAACUCUGGAACUCCCUGCCUGUUUCUGUAUUUCCAUCUUCCUAUGACUUGAAAACUCUUUCAAGAAGAAGGCGUGUGUGUGUGUGUGUGUGUGUGUGUGUGUGUGUGUGUGUGUGUGAAGUUUAUGGUGAACAUACUGUCCCUUAGGCGUCUUUGAGUGGCAGAAACGAUUCAGGGAAGGCCGGAAGAGUGUGAAGGAUACCAAAAGUUACGAUCUGAACAAGAAAAACUGUUGUCAACACUGGAAAGGUGAAUGAGCUGGUGCGAAAAUAUCCGCAGAUUGACCAUCAAGACGAUGGCUGAUAAGCUUGGAUUUGUUUUUCGCUUAGUUGGCUUUCUUCACUCAUCAUAAAGAAGAAAAUCCCAUAAAGGAUUCCUCUUUGUUUUCUACAUAAAAAAAAAGAAGAAAAGAGAUAAAGAAUUACUUGUUUUCUAAAAAGACAUAUUAAGCAUUUUUAACUUAAUAUGAGAUACCUUAGUUGAAUCAGGAAGCCUCUCUCUUUUUACCUGCCUCAGUAAAAACCCUCACUCACCACUUAUUAUAGAAACCAUACAUUCAAGUACAGUCGUAGUCUGCAUCCACUUCUGUGCUUUUUCAUAAGCCCUGUGUUGCGGUGACAAGCUCUUUACAAGACGUGACCUGUCCUAACUACACCCGAGGACUGAAAACGAAGGGAAAACGUUAAACACAGUAAAAGUGAAUGCGGAAGGUCACUCGACUUCUGACUGAGAGAAUAUCUGUUUUGCAACCACUUACUUGAGUCUUACAUAACUCCUCACACAGGAAAUCCCAUUAUCAUGUUAUGACGUCGAUCACAUUCUCGUGUAGGAAAGUGAACAUGGACCAAUAGGCUGCCGAUGAUUAGAUAAGAUGAUAACGCCCCUCACCUCAGUGCCCCAGCUACAAGACCCUUUGCUGUUCCACCACCAGAACCUGCUUACCUUACUCUCUACCUCUCCAUCAAGGAAUACAUUUUCAGCAGCCUGGUCCUCCUAGGUCGCGUCCACCGCCGUGAUGGAGCAACAACCAAAGUCUGACCACUACAUUCCCCCGCAAGGACCUCCCCCUCCGUACAACCAGCCUCCUAUCGGGUUCCAAAACCAAGGCCAGAUGGCAUAUCCAGCCCCACCCAUGCAGCCCUCCUCGGGCACCACCGUCAUCACCGCCCAGCCAGUGGUCACCGGCCAGCCCAUGGUCAUUGUGUCAGGAGGCAACUGUCCAGCUUGCAGGAGCGGGAUCCUUCAGAAUGAAUUCACCUGCUGUGGGAUAUGCCUGGGAAUCUGUUUCUUCCCGCUCGGCCUUCUCUGCUGCUUGCUGAUGAGGGAGAGGAAGUGCUCCAAUUGCCGCGCCUCCUUCGGGAGUGCGUAGGCUGCUCCUGACAGUAAUGGACCCCGAGGAGACCCGCUCAAGGCAGACCCCACCCACCCAAGCUCUUCCUGCGAGGAGAGACGACAACCUUGAGAACACAUGCAGAAAACAGACAGAAAAUACAGAGAUAAGGCAGAAAACUCCACACAAUCACGAAUAAGUAGAAUGUUUGUUUUGACCUGAAUCCGUACUCAGAAAUCCUGACAAAUUUUUACAAAGGAUUCAGGUUUAGUGGUUCAAUGCCCAGCCGAACAUUGAACCUGAGACAGGACAAGAAGGUAGAAGCCUCUACUAAUAGCCAUGACUCAAGCAGAGUUUGGUCGACCUGCAAAGGACCAAGUGACCUAUACAAGGAAGUCAUAUAUACUUAUAUACCUAUAUAUCUAUAUCUAUAUAUUUAUCCAUAUCUAUCUAUCUAUCUAUCUAUCUAUCUAUCUAUCUAUCUAUCUAUCUAUCUAUCUAUCUCUCUCUCUCUCUCUCUCUCUCUCUCUCUCUCUCUCUCUCUCUCUCUCUCUCUCUCUAUAUAUAUAUAUAUAUAUAGAUAGAUAGAUAGAUAGAUAGAUAGAUAGAUAGAUAGAUAGAUAUCAGUAAAAAUAUUCCUUUAGCUACUUUUUCGGAGACUCUGUAUUGCAUGGCUUGCUCCAUGAUGGCAGAACGAGACCCGCAUCAACGAGUUCUCGGGACGUGAGAAGCCACUGUCUUGUGUGCCGCGGUGAGGAGUAGGACUCGUCUUUCUAAAAUAUGAUCCCAUGAUAUUGUUUCUACUUCACUUCUCAGUCAACUUUUCCUCGGGGUCUUUGUAACACUUCAUGCUGCGUAGCUGGUGAAUGCAAUGAUUAACGUGAAUGCACUGAUCAACACACCUACAUCAUUCAUGUUUCUCUACUCCUCACAAAUUAAAGUUUAUCACAACGAAUUAAUAUUCAUGUCACAGUUAACUUCAGUCUCCCUUGGUAAUGACGCGUUAGGAAUUUUUUCAGGCCACACCACAGGGAAUCUGAUUAAUCAACCGGGCUGUGUAUAUAACGGCAGUUUUUAAUAAUUGUCUUUAAUUUACCAUUUCACUGCUGUUUAAUUUUUUUCCUUAGGCUUAACGAAAUGGCUUAAAGUAAGACUGGAGUUCAGCAUAGAAAGGCAGAAAGAGUGAUGGUGUACUUCAAAAUAUUUGGUGCCCGUAAAUUUUUCUCACUUAAGAUGGCUGAAAUGAAAUAACAAGUGUGGCUGCGUCAUCUGCAUUGAAAGUAUAUUAGCACUGUGAAUACGGGAUGGGCCUUUGACACACAUUACACUUCUUUUUGCCUUACAAUAUUACGUAUACUCUGAUCUUACAAUAGGCCAUCUUAUUAUUAACCACUUCGCAGUGUUCACCAAUACUUUAAAAAGCUCAUUUUGAUAAUCAUCACUGGAGACAUGUUUGCUUCACAGUCUCCAGCCAUCUUUUUCUUUGCAGAAUGAAAUAUUUAUCGCAAAUGAAAUACUCUGAUAAAUAAGAAUGCUUUUGUUCUAAGAUAUACAUAGUGUGCUUAUGUAUAAUCAGUUCUAUUAUGUUUUAUCCAAUAAAAGUUUUGUUAUCCA